CUCUAUAGAGAUUUAUAAGUCUUCAGAGUACUGAAUUCGGAGAAGAUAGAAAACCCUAAAAAGCUUCAUAGAUAUAUCGCCGCUCUCGUCCUUACAUUUCACUCAAAGCACUUUCAUCUUCUUGAUGCCUAGUUUUCAGAUAUACCUGCUAGCCUGAGUUUGUGAAGCAACAAGUAACAUAAACAUGAGUAAGAAGAAACAACAGGUGUUCCUUGAUGUUUCUAUCGAUGGCGACCCAGUUGAAAGAAUGAUUUUUGAGCUUUUCACCGACGUUGCUCCAAAAACAGCAGAGAACUUUCGUGCAUUGUGUACAGGGGAGAAAGGAGUCAGCUCUAAGACAGGAAAACCGUUGCAUUAUAAAGGAACCUUUUUCCAUCGUAUCGUCAAGGGAUCCGUGGCUCAGGCUGGAGACUUGCUGAGACAAGAUGGGAACUAUGGGGAAAGCAUCUAUGGGGGAAAGUUUCCAGAUGAAUCGCCGAAGAUAAAACAUGAUUCCCAAGGUCUACUAUCUAUGGCAAUUGCUGAUCGUGAUGCACGUGGUUCUAUAUUUUCCAUCUCCUUUCAGGCUGACCAUCAUCUUGACAGGAAAUGCAUUGUCUUUGGGAAACUUAUUGAUGGCCUUGAAGUUCUUAAGAAGAUUGAGAAUGUGGGAAAUGAAGAGGGAAAACCUGAUGUAACUGUGAAGAUAAUCAAUUGUGGCGAGUUACCUGAUGAUAAGAGAAAGCUAAAUAAAUUGAAAAAUGGGAAGCACAAAAAAUCCUCCAAAGAGAGAAGAAAAAAGAGGAGGAGAUAUUAUACAUCAGAAUCAGAGAGCUCUACAGAUAGUGAUACUGAAUCUUCUGAGUCUGAAAGUGAUUCUGAAUCGGAUGUAUCUUCUGAUUCUGAAAUUAGCUCAUCAAGUGAUGAUAGACGGAGGAAGAGGAAGAGAUCUAAAAGAGACAGGCAUAGACGUUCUAAAAGAAAGGAGAAGCAACGUGAGAAAAGGCGCAAAAGGCGUGAUAAGAAAUCUAAGCGCAAAUCAAAAAGAGCAUCAAACAGCAGUCCUUCAGAAAGUGAGACUGGGCGUGGUAGUAGUUCAGAGGACGAUGGUGUAAGACGAGCUUCCGAAGGAAAGCAUAAAAGUAUGGAAAAGAAAACAGAAGGAAAUCAUUCUCCUUCGCUUGAGGAGGGAGAGGCAGUUUCUCUUCAUCACAAGAAAGAGGCAACUGACAUUUUUGAAGGAGAGGAGGUAGAAUUUCCCAAGGAGAAUGGAGAGCGUCAAAGCAAUAAUACCAAAGUGGAAAAUAGAUCUGAUAAAACUGUUGAUAGGCAGCCUGAUGUGGUGGAUGAUCACCCUGGCAAAUCUAGGAGCAGAAGCAUAAGUCCCAAAAGGGCAAUGAGUAGGAGUAUGAGCAUUAGUCCUCGGAGGAGUUUAAGCAGAAGUCAAAGUGUUAGCCCAAAGCGCAGUGUGAGCAGGAGCCCAAGUGUGAGAUCCAGACGUAGUGUAAGCAGAAGUCCAAGACGCACUGGAAGUCCUCAUCGCGUCUCACAGAGAAGGAGCAGCAGCAUUGUUAAGAGUGGCAGUGGUAGUCCUGCAAGAAGCAUAAGUAGAAGCCCAGUGAGAGGCAAGAGGGGAGGAAGUGUCAGCGUGAGUCCUCCCGUGAGAGCUCAUUCACGUAGAAGGAGCAGCAGAAGUCCCUCAGCAUCUCCUAAAAGGAAACUUACCCCAAGUCCACCCAGAACCUCAUCAAGGAAAUCAGUGAAAUCAAGAAGUCGAACACCAGUAAGAUCUUAUAGGAGGAGUCCAAGUGGAAGCCCUGUUAGGCCUUCUCAAAGAAGCCCAAGCAGAAGUCCUGUUAGGUCUUCGCGGAGGAGUGCAAGCAGAAGUUCGGGUAGGGUUCCUUCAAGGCUUAGGCCUUCUGGAAGGAGCCCUAGCAGAAGCCCUGUUAAGUCUUCUCGGCGGAGCGUAAGCAGAAGCUCAGGUAGGGUUCCUUCUAGGCGAAGCCCAAGCCGAAGUCCAGGUAGGGCUCCUAGCAGGAACAAUCGACGCAGCUAUUCAAGAAGUCCUGGUAGUGCAGGUCGUAGGGCAAGAUCUCCGGUGUAUGAUCGAGCGAGGAGCUCUUCAAGAAGCGCUUCAGUGGAUGGAUCUCCCAAGCGCAUUAGGAGGGGAAGGGGCUUUAGUGAGCGUUACUCUUACGUUCGUAGAUACAGGAGCCGGUCUCCUGAUCGGUCCCCUGUUAGGCCAUACCGUUAUGGUCACAGUGACAGAUAUUCGAGAUACAGGAGAUCACCUAGGCGUUACAGGAGUCCACCUAGAGGAAGAACGCCUCCAAGAUACAGAGGCAGAAGAAGCCGAAGCCGCAGUGUCUCUCGUAGCCCUGUACGUUACCGUACUCGCCGUUAUAGUCGAAGCCCCAUACAAAGUCGUUCUCCUGUGGACAGAUAUCGCAGGUCACCAUCAGCUGAACGGCGUAAAUCACCAUCACGGAGCAGAAGCCGAUCAGAGUCUAAGUCAUCUCGGGGCUCACGAUCACCAAAGCAAGCCAGCAGAGGUAAGUCAGUAUCAUCCUCGGCGAGUCCCCCUGGGAAGGCAGGUCUGGUUUCCUAUGGAGAUGGAUCUCCUGAUUCGGGAUAGGGAGUACAUGUGAGAAUACGUAUUUGAGAAUACGUUUUCACCAUUCUGCGACUAUGGCUUGGCCAUACAGAUAGUCUUUUCCUAUGUAGCGGAGUCUAGACUAUAUGUGUUGGAUCUUUAUAACUUGUGCGUUUUGUGUGUGUGAUUUAUGAUGCCUUGGAAUAAUUUGUUGUGCUCGGCUAUUAGAAUCGAUAUAGGGAGUAACGUUCAGACUAUUUGCUUAUGAACUAUUGGAUGAGCAUCAUCACGCAAUGUUAUGUUGGAUUUCUUCUAUGGAGGACUUUUGGGUUCUUCAUGUCAGUGAAGGACUAUUUUGGACCUAGUCAGUCAUUUGUUGGUUUUGGUUGGCCUUGACAACUUCUAUGGCUUGAAUUUGCAGCGGCAGAACUCGUA